AUGCCGUCAAAAAACCUCAUCUCAUCUCAUCGCUUCCUACUGCACCGAAGAAUGGCUAUCACUGUUGGAGCUCAUAGAGGCUAUAGGAAAUUGUUCCCUGAAAAUACCAUUCUUUCUUUUGAUCAAGCGGUUAAUCAUGGCGCUGACAUGAUUGAGUUAGACCUUCACCUCUCUUCGGAUCAAGUGCUAGUCGUGAUCCACGAUCAAAGUACCAAGGCAGUUUUCGGAACUGACUAUAAUGUGUGUAAAACAUCAUACAAGGACGUCUUAAGCAAAUUAAGAACUAUCCGGCAUCCUCCACAACCGAUGCCUACGUUUUCUGAUGUACUGGAAUGGCUUUCCGAUUAUCCAGAUGUCAAACUGAUGCUGGACAUCAAGAGAGACAACCCCGCCAAAGAUGUCAUCCGCCUGAUCUUAGAAGAACUCACCAAAAAGAAUACGGAUGUCAAUUUUUGGAGAAAGAGAAUUAUAUUUGGUCUUUGGUCUGUCGACUAUUAUCUGUUGAAUCAAGAACUCUUGGAGGGAUUUGAUGUGGUCAAUAUUGCUGUUGAUCUGAAGAAAUCAUUUCAGUUUGCCAACACUGUGGCCGCAGAAGGUGGGAAACUUCACGGAAUCUCUUUUCUGCAUUUGAUAUGGUAUCAUCAAAAAUAUAGGACUGAACUGGUAAAGUUUGCGAACUCCAAUAGCUUAGUACUAUACCUUUGGACUAUCAAUGAUCCUUACUUAGUAAAGGAGUGUGGGGUUAAUCUCAUCACAGAUGACAUUGGUAUGGCUAAAAAAGCUUUAUCUGGAGUACCAGUAGCGAGCGGUCCGACAUGGAGAUAUUCCGUUGGAUGCUAUUUCAAGGCAGGGUUGUUUUCCACGGUUCAGUUUCUUCUUGGACGGGAUUACAACUUGAAAUACCUAGCAUUGGCGAUGAAAAAGUUCAAACUUCUAUGA